ACGUGAUGCGAUUUACAACGCAUGUGAUUGGUCGGUGUGUUUCCUGGACCGCUGAACAAUUGCAGUAACGGCUGAAAAAGCUGCACCGGUUAAAAUAGAAGCACUACAUCAAAAUAUAACAAUUCUCAGUAUCGGUUUUAGGUCGAGGGUCCGGAUAUAACGGCGUCUGGGUCCAGAUCCGGACCGCGGUCCGCCUAUUAGUGACCCCUGCUUUAGAGUGUCACUUGUGUUGUGACCAAAAGCUUGUAAAUUCAGUACAAGUUCAUGGUGCAACAGCAAUGCAAGACUACAUGACUACAACAGCAGAGACCGGGGGCUGUAGACGGUAGUCCAAUAUGUUACACUGGAACUGCAAGCGGCAAUAGUGUGUCAAUGACACCAGUAUUACAGUAAUGUGUGGUGUUGGCCUCGGCGUAGCUUUGCACACGCACUGUCCAGGCCACGACAGCUUUUGGGCCUUAGCACGUUAGCGUCUGGGUGCUAACGUUAAUCAAAGUUACACAACAUUGCCAAGCAAAUGAUUUACUGUUUCUGAAAUUCCUUCAGUUUGGCCAUUAUUUUUUCACAUGUACCUUCAGGGCAUUCUAUCAAGUAAAUCUGCAUACACACAAUACAGUAGCUACGCACACACAUAGCAGCGAGGAGCAUGGAGCAGAAGACGCCUUCAUGUAACACAGAAGAUUGUUGCAGUAUAACAUUUCACAAAAGCAACAUCAAAGAACAGUUAACGUUAAACACAUCCAACCUACUACUGUGGUUAUUUAACAGGGUUCAAAUAUAACUGUUCCUCCAACAUUGCUCUGAGCUGCGGGCCUACAAAUGAACUAGCUGCAUUAGCCAUGUAACACUCAGGUUUACUUGAACAGGCUAACCUGGAAAAGCAGUAAAACAACAAACGUGGCGAAAACCUACAGUUUCCAAGUUUGAAGUAUGGUCACAGUCUGUAUCGAUCCUUGAGCUUCAGUUUUGAAAGGAACCCUGCUGUCUGCUGACCCUCCUUGAGAAAGACUCUUCCAGGUCUUGUGAACACAAUGACGUUAAUCCACUUACUGGUACCGUGUGACUAGGUCCGCCAUAGCAAAGAAAUCUCUAUGAUUAGAUUGUCAGGGUAUGGUCACCUAGCUAGAGGUGGUUCUGUAGCACAGCAGCAUAUCCAGCAGCAAGUCUGACUAGCUCGUUGUUACUCAUGUCUUCUGAUAGAUGGAGCAGGAGGAAAAGAUAAAGAAUCAUAUUUUGUCACACUUCUAGUUCUCUAGACACAACAGGGACACAUUUGAAAUAAAGUGUAUUCUGCAUAAUAUGUCAUCUUUAAAGCUAAACCUGAAGCUGAACUUUCUGCCAUAUUAAGCCCGUAUUGUACAUGUGUUCAUUCAAUAUUGAGCCCUAACUGUUGCAUUCUUUUUCUUUCAAGCUGCUAGCCAACGUAGUGAUCUAUGUUUGUGCCAUCACUGUGGGCGUCAUGUCGUACUACAUGGCUGACCGGAAACAUCGAAAGGCCUUUCUGGAGGCGAGACAGUCACUGGAGGUCAAACUCAACCUGGAGGAGCAGAGCCAGCAACAGGAACGCCUGCUGCUCUCCAUCCUUCCAAAGCACAUAGCUGAUGAGAUGCUUCAGGACAUGAAGAAGGAGCCCAGUCAGAAAGAGAUGCAGCAGUUCAACACUAUGUACAUGUACAGACACGAAAACGUCAGUAUUUUGUUUGCAGACAUCGUGGGCUUCACACAGCUGUCAUCGUCCUGCAGCGCUCAGGAGCUGGUCAAACUGCUCAAUGAGCUCUUUGCUCGCUUUGACAAACUGGCUGCAGUGAGUUUCACACCGUUACAUAACAUUCUGAAUGUUUCAAGGACAUUUGGAGUCUUUAUCCACCUCUUAUGUGAGUGAUUUGGAUUGUUUUAAAGUACGAGGCAUCAUCACAGUUACAUAAAAAUAAAUAAGUGAUCCAGCCAGUGUUUUUUGUUUUGUGUCAUCAUGAAAUCCUGUAGCAAUU